UAUAGGAUUCGGGGAGGGGCCAGCCAAGCGCAGGCGCAACGGGAGGCGGAAGUAGGAACUGGGAAAGGAGGAGGGAAAGCGUUUGCUUUGUUUUCUCCUCCUCCCGCGGGAAGAGGCGGGUGCUCGAGCUCGCUCAGGCUCCUCCCUUACCCUCCCCCUGCCCCGGAGGCGCCCGGCUGCUCCCUUCUUCGCCAGCCGAGAUGGCUUUCGACCCCGCAGGUAGCAAAUUAAUUUGAAGAAUGAAUUAAAACAUGGAGAAUGAGAAAAUUCAAGCUGGGUAGUAAACAAUCAGCAUCUUAGACAUGUUGAAAAAGAUGUUUUGAUCCCUAAAAUAAUGAGAGAAAAGGCCAGAGAGAGGUGUUCUGAACAAGUUCAAGAUUUUACCAAAUGUUGCAAAGAUUCUGGAAUUCUGAUGGUAGUAAAAUGCCAGAAAGAAAAUUCUGCAUUGAAAGAAUGUCUAACUGCUUACUAUACUGAUCCAGCCUUUUAUGAAGAAUGUAAAAUGGAAUACCUGAAGGAAAGGGAAGAAUUCAGAAGAACUGGAAUUCCUAGCAAGAAAAGGCUACAGAAGCUCCUCACAAACACAUAGGCAAAAUACUCAAAUGACAGGAAUUCUCAUAUCAUAUUCAUAAUUAUCUGAUACAAAUCGUGAAAUAAUGGAUUCAAGAUAAAAAUGUAUGUUUACUUUUCCCAAUUAAAAUAUUAAUUUUAUAUGAAAUAA